AUGGCAGUGAGCUUCACAGAGAAUGUCCCUGAAGAAGAUGAUGAAUACAUUGACAUGGAAAUCACUUCAUUUUCCAAUAUUUUCAGCAAUUCCAGGCCCUCAAGAGAAUUUGAGUUCCAAAUGUCUUCUCUUUCCAUGGAGAGAGAGUCCACAACUUCCCCUGCUGAUGAACUCUUCUACAAAGGCAACCUCCUCCCUCUUCAUCUCCUCGAAAUAUCCGAACCGGGUUUCGGUUCGGUUUACGGGGACGAAAAUGGUGUGUGCCGAGAAUCUUAUGGCACCCCAUUAGCUACCACUAUUACUACACCAACUCCUUUUGAAUCCUGCAACGUCUCGCCUUGUGACUCUUGUACUGUUAGUAGGGAGCUUAGUCCGGUCGAGUACUCGUUUUACGAGUGCUGGGCCGAGACAGACGUGAGCCGGUGUAUCGACGGAGACGAAAACCGGAAGAAGUCGUGGACUAAAAUGCUUAAGCUGAGUUCAAGGCUUAAGGCUUCCAGGGCUUAUCUCAAAGCCCUUUUCAGGAAAUCCGGUUGCUCGUACGAGUCAUCUGCAGUAGCAAAGGAUGGGGAUAGAGUGACGGUUCCGAAACCGAACCGGAGCCUAUUCGGACAAAUGAAUCGGGAAAAAUCGAAGAAGUUGGUCGAUAAUGGCGCCGGAAACGGACAGAGCAAUCGGCAUAGGAGGUUGUUUUCGAUGGUGAUCGAACAACAUUCUUCGACGAACGAGUCUUCGACUUCUUCGUCGUCUUCGUCUUUGAAUUCGAACGGUUUUCGUUACCUGCCGUUUCUUAACGGAAGCAGCAGUGUGAAAGUAAAGAUUGAGAGUCCGAAUCCGAUCCAGGGAGCCAUUGCACAUUGCAAGCAGUCUCAGAUGAGCUCGAGAAAGCCGGCCGGUGAUGUCGGAUUCUACUCAUUGUCGGAUUCUAACAUGGCAGUUUUCCAAGAUCAAGAGAGACCGGACCCCUGGAGGGGCUGAAAAGAUACGAUAA